AUGACUACUGCCAAUUGUUCUUCUAGAAGUUUAAAAAGUUUAACUGAAUCACAAUACUUCCGAGAAAGUAUUAUGAUAUCAGAUUCUAAAAUUACUAAAAGACGUAAAAAUUUAAAAAAUGUCAGUUUAACGAAAGAAAGUACACUUGUUCCAGAGACUCUCUUGGGUGAUAGUAUGUUUAAGACAGAAAAAUUAAGAAAAUCUUCAACAUUUGAUAAUAUGGAGCAUUUAACAUUUGACAAAGAAAUUAAAGAUACUGAAAGUAGUAAUACUAUUCUUGAUAAUAUUUUAUACCAAUGUGUUUCAUUGUACAAUAAAGAUGUUUUAGAAGGCAAUAAUAAUGAAUCACAGGGUUUAGAAAAAAUCAAGAAUUUCAUAGAUGGUCCAUUUACUGAAAUGAUUAACAAUUGCCAAAAUGAGGAAGCAUGUAUGUAUUAUUGUGAUACACUUGCUGCAUACUGUACAUCUAUCUUUUAUACCUAUGACAAGCAAUAG